UAAUUCUGAGGUAACAUAAGGACUACGACUAGUUCUGCUUUAGUUUAGUGCAUCCGCGUAUGAGAGUAGCGGUGCCAGACGUAAGAGAACAUGAUCGAAGAUUUCUGCCAGUGAGGAACGUAGGAAGCGACUCUGGGUGACUGAGUCCUCGUGUUGGUGAUGCUGUGAAGUGCCUGUGUUGUGGAGGUCCAUGGAAACAAGUGAAUGGCUGUGCUGUGGUUCUGUGAGAAGGAUUACCGUGUCUGAUUCUCUUCCUAAGGUGUUAGAUAGGCUUUAAACGGUGUCCGGCAGUGUCUAAGGAAUAAUAUAUGGAAACAAUAGGAAUAUUGAUCGAACGAGAGAAAUAAUAAUAGAAAUAAUAAGAGGCUUAGUGUGUUGACAGUACGAUGACAUGUUUCCAUCAAGACUUGUGAUCAUUGUGAGAUAAAAAUUAAAUUAACUACAACGAAAAUGGAAACAAGAGAGAAAAGAAAGGUGAAGAAAGUAAGGGAAGAUGAUAAUGAUAACCGAGAUGGACUAAAUGAAUGAUGGAAAGACAGAGAGGAGCGAGAGUUGGGGAAUUUAAGUGAAAAGAGAAAGAAAAAAAUGGUAGGAGGAAGAUAAGAUAGAAAGAAAACGUUAAUGGUUAUGAAAUUAAGAAAUAUACAAGAAUUAAUUACUAAACUAGAUAAGAACAAGAAGACAUAACAUAGAUAAAAACAGCAAUAAAAAAAUACAGCAGACACACGACUGUACCAAUACACACACACACACACAGAGAGAGAGAGAGAGAGAGAGAGAGAGAGAGAGAGAGAGAGAGAGAGAGAGAAAAAAACGUAAGAAAAAAUUGAUUCCCCCUUAUAAACUAACGAGAAAAUCAGAAAAUGGGAAGUAAGAGGAGCCACGUUGAUGUGACACCCUCUUUCCUGAUUAACAUAACAUAACACAACAUAAAUACUAGGAUAACAAAGGGCCACCAGGGCCCAUCCAGGUUAUCCUGUAUCAGUCGCACAGCGACCUCGUUAUCAGUACUGAAAUAUACACUGAUUACUCUUAUCUAGUUCAGUAUAGCAUCGGGGCAGGGUUGUGAAGGGCUGUGACACUGUUCGCCUCGCCUCACCUCAGUAUUGUUCCAAGAGUAAACAAGCCACUGUGGAAUUCCCGCCUCUCCACACCGGAUUAAAAGAGGAGAAGGAGAGGAAGAGGUGGAGGAAGAAGAGGAAGGGGAAGUGAGGGAUAUGACUGGCGUUCUCUUACUCUUCCCCUCUCACCGUUAAAGAAUACCCCCCUUUCUCUCUCUCUCUCUCUCUCUCUCUCUCUCUCUCUCUCUCUCUCUCUCUCUCUCUCUCUCUCUCUCUUCUCCAGUAGCCGCCAUGAAGAACGCGAGAAGCCUCAAGUUAAUGGUGAUCUACCUCUGCCUCCUGGCGUUCGCUAUCCUUCUGGUCGUGUUUCAAAGUCGUCAUGAGUACUUCCUACGCUGGAGGAAUCCCAUCAGGAAUAUCUUUAGGAUGCCCAAGAUGAAAGGAGUGGCGGGUAAAGAGGCAGAGAGAGGAGAGAGACCAAACGUCACGGCGGCGACAGACAGACCGCUCUCCCUCAACAAGACGCAUCCUCCUCUCAAAUACAUCCUAGUGUGGACUGUCGCGUACGGAAACAAGACGAGAGGAUACGCAGAGGGCCAGAGCGCCUUCAAGAAACAACACUGCAAAGUGGACACUUGCUUCCUCACUGGGAAUAGAAAAUUGUUGCCUGUAAAUAAUUUCGACGCCAUUCUAUUCCACCUCCGCUCCAUGAAUCCCACUGAUCUUCCCGCCGUGAGGUCUCCACAUCAGCGGUGGGUGUUCUUUGAGAUGGAGUCCGCCUCCUACGUGUACCAGAACAUCAAUGUGUACAAUGGACUCUUCAACUGGACCAUGACAUACAGACUGGACUCCGAUAUUCAGGAUAGAUACGGCGCCGUGUUACCGGGCCACUCCCCCUCCCCCCCCGCCUCCUCCUCCCCCUACACACCAGAGAGGAACUACGCCAAAGGGAAGACAAAAAUGGCGGCUUGGUUCGUCUCAAAUUGUAAUGCCAAAUCGGGCAGAGACGAUGUGGUGAAGAAAAUGAAGACACUCAUGAAGAUUGACGUGUACGGCGGGUGUGGGAAGCUGAAGUGCACUAAGUGGGGUAAGGAGUGCUACGCCUUACUGGACAAACACUACAAGUUCUAUCUCUCCUUUGAAAACUCUCUCUGCACUGACUAUGUGACGGAGAAGCUGUUCGAGAUUCUCAGCAGGCAUGACGUGGUGCCGGUGGUGUUUGGGCUGGCUAACUACACCUACAUCACUCCUUCGCAUUCGGUUAUCAACGUUCUAGACUUCCCCAAUGUCAAGGCCCUCGUGAAUCACCUCAAAUACCUCGACAAAAACGAUACUGCCUACAACGAGUAUUUUAAGUGGAAGGCGCACUACUACUCCACCAAUAACUGGCCGGGCCUUUGUGAGUUGUGCAGGAAGGUUCACCAAGACAACACUCCCAAGGUUUACCAGAACAUGAAGCAAUGGUUUCAGGGGCAGGGCGGCUGUCGGAGUAUUAACGUCCCUCUACAGUGAUCUUCCCGCCAACGCUAACACUGCGAUAUUCGGCACUGUAACGCACUCCUGAGUUGUGACAGUCCCUUACACGCCCGUCUUGAGAAACGCCUUGCUCUCUCACCACAAUAAUUUUCCAAGGCCACAGAGACCACUAGCAGGUUUUCAAGACAGUUUCCCCUUAUGAUAAACUAGAAAUCUUGUCAGUUCAUCACCAGAAUCAUAAAAAUAUCCCUGAAAAACACGAGUACUUUCAACUAGAGCCUUUGGAAAGUUGUGAUGGUGAGAGAGCAAAGCGCUUCAGAACACAGAUGGUCCUCCGAUAUGCAACAGUGAGUCCCUAAGCAGUGAAAUUUUGUAAUCAUCAAUAGGAGAUGGAAGAAUAGAACGGAUGAGAGUUGUGACAGCCCCUUGUGCUCCGAUAUGCAACAGUGAAAAGCCCCAAAGCAGUGAAGUAUUAGUAGUGAUCAAGAGAAAAUGGAAAAAUAGAAGGGAAAUGAAGUAACAGAAAAUUGACACUGAUCUUUGCUCUUUUUCCAAUAUGCAACAGUGAAAAACUCCAAAAACAGUGAAAUAUUAGUAAUCAUCAAAAGAAAAUGGAAAAAUAGAAGGGAAUGAAGUAAGAGAACACUGAAACUAUCUGAUCUUUGCUCUUUUCCCAGUAUGCAACAGUGAAAAGCUCCAAAAAACAGUGAAACAAUUGGUCAAAGAGCGCUGGCAAUUUCUGACCUUCGCUAUUUCGUUUAUUCGUCAAUGUUCGUAAAGCUUCGUGAAGGUUUCGUAAAAUUCCGCAUUGGUUUCUAACGGUGAAUCUCUCAAAAACUACUUAAAAUCCACGAAAUAUAUAGGGUUUCGUGCAAAAGAAAGUAAUAUUAACAACUGAUGCGAAGAAAGUAGUCAAAUAUUAAUGUAAUUCAAUGUAAUGUUACCUCUCCGUCUUUAUAACACAGAGUAUUGAUAACUAACCUAUUGAUCCAACGUACAAGAAUAACCAGACGUGUACGACGGUUUGAGGUUUUUUUUUUUUUUUUUUUUUUUUUUUACGUAGGGAGGAGGGCCAGCCAAGGGCAAAAAAAUGAAGUAAAAAAAAAAAAAAAAGCCCCACUUGAGUGCUGGCUCUCUAAAAAGUGUAAAAAGUGCAAAAACCGUAAGCCAAAAUAGGGGAUAAAAUGCCUCGAUACCUCCCUCUUAAAAUGACUUCCAAAUCACGCCUUCCUCAAUGUGAUAAUGUCAACAGUUGCCUUGUGGAAGUGUUAAAGAGGCAUUUGUUGUAUCGAGCACGUCAUUCUUUCCGUGUCAAUGAGAGUCUCGUCUUCUGAAAGGCUAGGGUAGGUUAGAUCACCUUAAGUUAAGUUAUUAAAGGCAGGUUAGAAUAGGUUGACUAGAAGUAGGGUUGGUUAGGUUAGGUUUGGUUAUAUUAAGUUGUUCUGAAAGACUAGGGUAGGUUAGGUUAGGGUAGGUUAGAUCAGCUUAAGUUAGGUUGUUAAAGCAGGUUAGAAUAGGUAGUUAGAUUAGAAGAAGGUUAGUUUUGGUUAGGUUAGGUUAGAUUAAGUUGUUCUGAAAGGCUAGGAUAGGUUAGGGUAGGUUAGAUCAGCUUAAGUUAGGUUAUCAAAGCAGGUUAGAUUUGGUUGACUAGAAGUAGGUUGGUUAGGUUAGGUUAGGUUGUUAAAGCAGGUUAUAUUGAGUUGUUAAGUUAGCAGGUUAGUUCAGGUUUGGUAAGGUGAGAUUAAGUGUAGGUUAUUAAAGCAGGUUAGGUUAGGAAUUGUUAGGUUAGAAGCAGGUUAGGUUAGGUUAGAUUAGUUUAGACUGUUAAAGCAGGUUAGGUUGUGUUGAUAGUUGAAGUUCUAAGGUUGUCAGUUUGGGUUAUAUUCGAGUCUCAGGUUAGGUCAGGUUGUCAGUGUGAGGUUAGGUUAGUUUUGUUUAGGUUUCGAUCACAGAGUCACUUGAGUUAGGUAAGGUUAGGUCAUGUCAGGUCAGGCUGUCAAGUUAGGUCAGGUUAGGUUAGGUUUCGAUCAGGGUGUUAGGUUAGUUAGGUUAGGUUAAGUUAGGUCAGGUCAGGUCAGGUUAGGUUAGGUUAGGUCAGGUUAAGUUAGGUCAGGUCAGGUCAGGUUAGGUUAGGUUAGGUUAGGUUAGGUUAGGUCAUGUUAGAUUAAGCCGUCAGGUUAGGCAUACAUAACAAAUGCUAUUUUUUACCUUGUGACUUUCUACUAAGUUAUAAUAAAUGGAACUACUAUUCAAUACAAUA